GGAGAGCGGGCGAGAGACGGAGAGAGCUGAGAGAGAGCUGCGAGAGCAAGCUAGAAAGGAAGAGAGCUAAGAGAGGGGAAAAGAGAGUAAGCAAGAGAGUGCGUACUGUAUACUACAGGAUGCGCUACCUUAUCUAUUCCCUGUCUGUAUGCGUGUGAACCGGAGCAAGGAGUGAGCAUUGGGAGUAUUUUCUGCUUCUCCUUUCAGUCAGGUGUAUUUCGGUGUUGAACAUUUCAAUAGGAACGUCAGCUACAGUGUUGGCAUGAAAUGAAAUGUAAAAAGGCUUUGAGUCUGUCUGUCUUGGAGGUGGAACAGAGCUUGGAAACAAAGGAGAGCGAACUGGAUUUCAUGGACUGAAUUGGAUUCUACGCAGCAAGGGUAACGCUGUCAGACUGGAGUGACAAUUAAGACUUAAGGGGCUGGCAUUGAGGAAGAGUACCCUGCUGCCCGUGGAUCGAAUACUCCCGCCCGAACGCACUGCCCGGAUCAGCCUGCUCAGACUCAUAGCUCCUCAGUGUGGCAAAUCACUUUGUCUAGUUCACUGGAGAGAGAGGAGGAAGCUGACUUAAUGUGUCCCGUCUGACACACUAUAGCACCAUCACCAGACACUACAGGAUUUUCCUCCCUGAGAAGAGCAGCAGAUCCAAUGUCCUUGUAAUGACGUGGCUCAGGUUUGACCUCGGAGAUGCCGAAGAGACGAGACAUUCUGGCCAUCGUGUUGAUCGUGUUGCCUUGGACGCUACUCAUCACUGUUUGGCAUCAGAGUGCCAUCAACCCCUUGCUACCUGCUCGAAAGGAUGACAGACAUGAGAGUCGACGAGACUCCCGGAACACCUUCACCCUCAAGAAGCCCUGCUCCUCUGAAAACAACAAGGACAUUGUGGAGGUGGUACACACCGAAUACGUCUACAGCCGCCCGCCGCCCUGGUCUGAUGUCAUCCCCACCCUCCACGUCAUCACUCCAACCUACAGCCGACCGGUCCAGAAGGCAGAGCUGACACGUCUGGCCAACACCUUCCUCCACGUGCCUAACCUGCACUGGAUCCUGGUGGAGGACUCUCAGCGACGAACCCCGCUGGUGACCAGGCUUCUCCGGGAAACAAGCCUGAACUACACUCACCUCAACGUGGAGACACCCAGGAACUAUAAGCUGCGUGGGGACACGAGGGACCCCAGGAUACCCCGGGGAACCAUGCAGAGGAACCUGGCCCUGCGCUGGCUCCGAGAGACUUUCAGCUCCAACAAUAGACACAGCCAGCCAGGUAUCGUCUACUUUGCAGAUGAUGACAACACCUACAGUCUGGAGCUGUUUGAGGAGAUGCGUUCAACGAGGAAGGUGUCGGUGUGGCCUGUAGCCUUUGUGGGCGGCCUGCGCUACGAGUCCCCUCAGGUCAACACCCUGGGCAAGGUGUAUGGAUGGAAGACUGUGUUUGACCCCCACCGACCCUUUGCCAUAGACAUGGCUGGGUUUGCGGUGAACCUCCGCCUCAUUCUCUUUAAACCUCAGGCCUACUUCAAGCUGCGGGGAGUCAAGGGAGGAUACCAGGAGAGCAGCUUACUGCGUGAGCUGGUCACCCUGAAUGACCUGGAGCCCAAGGCUGCUAAUUGCACUAAGGUACUUGUAUGGCACACUAGGACAGAGAAGCCUGUUCUGGUGAAUGAGGGAAAGAAAGGAUUUACCGACUCCAACGUGGAGAUAUGAAACUUCUUCCAACACAGGUAAUAAGAAAGCUUUAAAGUGACUGGGAUUAUGUAGGAUUUAAUAUUCCUGUACCUUUCCCAAAGUUCCCAGGUUUUUCAAAUGGAAUUUUGCAACCUUAUGUCUGAGGGCCAACCUGUCUAUCUGAGCCUCUGUGAGCUUAUUAUUAUUAUAUUAAAGCAUUUAAUAUUAUUUUAUUAUUCAUAGAGUAAAGCUUUGCUGAAUCUGUCUGAAUUUGUAUAACAGGGAUGUUAUGAUUUCAUAAAAUAAAAACUUGACAGGUGAUCCAUACUAAAAAGCUAUUUUUAUGGUUUAAUGUCUAUGAACCCCUCUUCAAAACCAUUUGCCUAAACAAUUCUCUCCAUGUUUGGUACAUUCUCCAUUGAGAAUGUAACUCUGAAAUAAUUUCUUAAUGAUGUAUUUUCUUUAUCUCCUAAGCCCAUAUACUUUAUACCAUUGAGUUAUUACAGCUAAUAAAUAUAUGACUGUCAUUCCAAACGGACUGACUAAAGACAAGCUCCAGGCAGGCAGGAUUGGAGUUUAAUAUGUAUUUACAGUAAUAGUACUGUAAAGGGAGUCAGACAGCCACUUUGUCUACUACAAGCAGCACAUAGCCACGUAUCAAUACAGGCGUAGAAUAUCAAAGCAUAGCUUCAAAGAUGAUGGUGAUACUGUAUCUAGCUAAGCGUUUUACUGAUGCAUCGAUGGAAGCUGUACACGAGGAGCUAGCCAGUCGCCAGAGUGCAGCUUAAUAAAUCCUCUACAGAGUACCUAACCCGGAUCCGGGAGCACCCCCCACCCCCCCACACUGAUUAGCAUCGCUAGCAUAGCGUCACAAUUAAAUAGUAGCAUCUAAAUAUCAUUAAAUCACAAGUCCAAGACACCCAAUGAAAGACACAGAUCUUGUGAAUAAAACCACCAUUUCAGAUGUUUUAAAUGUUUUACAGGGAAGACACAAUAUGUAAAUCUAUUAGCUAAACACGUUAGCAAAAGACACCAUUUUCUUACUCCAACAGUUUCUUACUCCAUCAGGUGCUAUCACCAAUUCGGCUAAACUAAGAUAUUGAUAGCCACUAACCAACAAACAAAUUCAUAAGAUGACAGUCUGAUAACAUAUUUAUGGUAUAGCAUAGUUUUUUUUUUUUAAAUGUGCAUUUUUCAGGUAUAAAUCACAGUUCUACAUUGCAGCUGCAAUCUGAUAUAGUGCUGAUGCAGCUAGAACAAUUACAGAGACCAACGUUAUAUAACUAAUUACUUGUCUUAAAACAUUUCAGAAAAAAUACACAGCGUACAGACAUUGAAAGCCCAACAUCUGGUGAAUCCAAACAAUAUUUCAGAUUUUUUAAAUGUUUUAUAGCGAAAACAAAAUGUAGCGCUAAAUUAGCAUAACCAGGCCAGCCAGAACCAGCUGGACGCGCCCGACCAGUUCACAUGCACGACAGAUAUAUGAAAUAACAUCGUAAAUUGGUUCUUACUAUUGCUGAUCUUUCAUCAGAAUGUUGAUCAAGGUGUCCUUAGUCCUGAUGAGUCGUUCAAUCCAUUCACAAUGGCAACUUCCCCUCUUCAUUUAGCCUGAGUACUGGUCGACUGGCACGGUCCCUGUCCAAAGUUAAAAAACUCAAAGAACGGAACACGGCAAAACUCCCGAAAAAAUUCUAAUAAUCUGAUUAAACUAUAUUGAAAAAACAUACAUUACGGUGAUAUGGUCACAUGUAUCAAACAAACUUCGAGACGGAGAUAGUUUUCAUCCGUAACGUCAGUAUAACAAAAGACAAUGGCACCUCUAAAACGCGCGUCUCAGAAAACCGGAAGUUGUCGGUCACGCUAAAGAAAUAGGUCUUAUUUCACGUCAGUACAAGAUAAACAAAAAAUUUCUCCUCUGACAACUUCCUGACACCCAGAGGAAGAAGAAUGAAGUGUGUUUCGGGUCAUAGGUGGCAUGACCAUAUAUAGGCAGAGCGUUGAAGCGAGCAUACACAUCUUGCAAUCUUCUUCUGGCUCAGGGAAAGUGCUGUGAAAUGACCUGUGUUUCACUCAGAGACGAAAUUGGAACGGUUUUAGAAACCAUAGCUUGUUUUCUAUCCAAUGGUAUAUGGUUAUAUGCAUAUAGUAACAGCAAUAAUUGAAUAAGAGGCAGUUUAAUCUGUAGAGGCAAUUAUGCUAAUGCGAAACAGCACCCCCUGUAUUCUCAAGAAGUUUUAAGACAAAAGACUGUCGGUGGUUCAUUACAGUGGCCAAUUAGAAGCAUUGUCAACCCAGCCGACACAAACCAACUGUCCAAUCAACAUCCUCAAAACUAGGUACUGGACCAAACCGGACCAAUCAGGAGACCCGAAUGGCCCUUGUUUGCUGGUGAUUGGGCUCCCUUUGUCGUGGAGCGGACUGUUCUUGGGGUGUGGAGCAGAGCUGGAUAAAGGGGUCCUUGUCUGACUCGAGUCAGCAUUGACUGACAGACUGAUCUGGAGAGGACAUGAACCCUUCCCACGUUCCACUGUAAAACACUGAGCUAUUCAGACAGCUCCACUCCCUCAAAUCACUAAUUAGGACACGUCUCACACACACAAACACGUCUCAUACACAUACACAGAUAGGCGUGCACAGUGUACACACAUACAAAUGCGUGUGCACAGACACACACAUACACACACACAGACAUGCACACACAUAUAUGAGUGGGUGCGCAUGCGUGACGCACAUGCACACAGACUUUUGAUUGUUUGUUUUUUGUCCAUUUGCACAUUUACUGAUCACAUAACACUACUGAUUUUAUCAGCACUUUAAGAUCAGGCUCUGCUGCCUAUGUUAAUUUUAGUGUGAAAUGCUGUUUCACCUCCAACAGAAAAUAGGUGAGGACAUUUGCCAGUGAAAUCGUUUUAUGUAUUUUUUAAUUACAAUGCUAGUCAAUGCGAUAUUAUUAUUUCACAACACAUACUACAGUCACAGGAUACAUGCCAGUAAUAGUCUUCCCUUGAUACAGUAUGUCAUUUUCUGACCAGUCUGGACCCCAAACGCCACUUAUUGACCUUUGAUUUGAUAUUCAAAGAUAAACAGAAGGAAUACUUCUGCAUUGUAAACUGCCACUGUAAUAUUUAUAUGUAAAUAUGAUCAUAAAAAUGUACUUAGUAUGUCA